CUGAGUUUAACAAAACACACUAAAUUUUAUCUAUGAUUAUAUUGUAUUUUCCAAAAUAUGUGGUCAUUUUGGUGCCCUUUGUCCUGAGAAUUGGUGCACUGGACACUUUUCUUGCUGCAAUGUUUGAGCAUGCUGUUAUAUUACCAAACAGAACAGAAACACCCACGCUAAAAGAAGCAGCUUUGCUCCUGAUGAACAAGAAUAUAGAUGUUUUAGAGAAAGCACUUAAACUGGCAGCCAGGCAGGGCGCACAUAUCAUUGUGACCCCAGAAGAUGGAAUUUAUGGCUGGGUCCUCACAAGGGAGACGAUUUAUCCCUAUCUGGAGGAUAUCCCAGAACCUGAAGCAAACUGGAUUCCAUGUAGAGACCCCAGAGGCAGUAUUUAUUGAAUUAGGCUUGGCCGGACCCCUUUGCAACAAAAACUCAGCUGUCUGGCCAAGGACAACUCCAUCUACAUUGUGGCAAAUAUCGGGGACAAAAAUCUGUUUAAUGCCAGUGACCCUCAGUGUCCCCUUGAUGGUCGUUACCAAUACAACACUGAUGUGGUGUUUAAUUUUGAGGGCAGGCUUAUGGCCCGCUAUCAUAAGUUCAAUCUUUUUGCACCUGAAGUUCAGUUUGAUUUUCCCAAGGAUUCGGAACAUGUGACUCCCAACACUCCCUUUGGGACACUGGGCAUUUUCACUUGCUUUGACAUUCUCUCUCAAGGCCCGGCUGCGGUGGUGGUGGAAGAGUUCCGGGUUGGCAGCACCCUCUGCCCCAAGGCCUGUACAAGACCCUGCCUCGCCUCUCAGUGUGGGCCCUUCCGUUCCCCCUUCCAUUCAGCAUGGGCCCGCGCCCUGCGAGGCAACCUGCUUGCUGCCGAACCCACACGAGAUGCCCAAGACCAGUGA